UAACAGAUAAAUUAAUUUGACAAAGUUAUGAUGGGUAACCAAAUUAAAAUUGUACUUUUUAUUGUCAAGUUAAUUGUAAUAAGUACAACGAUAAACGCUUUCAAAUUGAACGUGCCGCGAGUUUUACUACCAAUAUUCAACGAGUUUGCUAUAAACUUUACUCUAGAAGCAACAGAAGGAGGUUGUUACAAAUGGAGUACAACAAGAAACGAUAUCAUACAAAUCAUUCCAAUAGAUGAGCAGCCUGAAUCAAAAUGUUCAAAUAAAGUACAAAUUAGUGCCGUUACUAAAGAGAAAAUAAAAAAUAUGGCGAUUGUUUUAGCCGAAGAUCUGAGUACAGGGGAAACGCUGAGAUGUGAUGUAAUAGUAGACGCCAUACAUGAGCUGCGCAUUAAAACAACGACAAAGGAACUAUUUAUGGAAGAAGCACCUGAAGAUUUUGAAGUCAAAGCUUAUGAUGAUCAAGGCAACGAAUUUUCGUCUCUUGAAGGAAUUGAGUUUGAAUGGAUCAUCCUCUCCUUUACAGAAAACAAAGAACCGAUUUUGCAAUAUAUACCGUUCGAAAAUUCUCCAUACAAAGCUCCCCCCGUUAUAGAAUCGUUAGAAAAGCAAUUUAAAAAGGGUAAUAUAGUAUUAUUAGAAGGAGUAAAAAGUGGAACAGUGAAAGUUUCCGUUCGUCUGCCACUCGAGGAAUACCAACAUCUACCAACAUGUGAGGUACAACUUAUGGUAGUGGCUAAUGUAAUAAUUGUCCCUUCAGAUGUCUAUAUUAUGGUUGGUGACACUAUAACUUUUCAAUUUUUUUAUUUAAAAAAUGGCAGAAUGGAAGAAAUUGAUUUAUACAUCUCUCAAUACCAGUUUAAGGUAGAAAAUGAACAGGUUGCAACUUGUACAGAAAAACUGAGUUCCGUUACUGGCAUAAAAGAAGGAGAUACCAAGAUUCGAUUACAUGACGUCAAUUUAAGUGAAGAUGAUGUUGUACUUAAACUACCAGAAGCAAAUAUGCAUGUAGUAAAACCAGAUUUCAUGUUACUAAAAAUUUUACCUCACAAAAAUUGGGCUAUUCUAGUUGCAGAUCACUACGAAAUUUCAGCUGAGUUGUAUACAGCAGAUGAUCACAAAAUCUAUAUUGGAGAAGCCGUUUUAAUUCACAUAAAUCUUUCUCUAGAUUUUGCUAUAAUUGAAAGAUCUUCUAAUGGUAGCUGGCUUUUAGGUUAUGGUAUGAAACCAACCAUAGCUCCAGUACAAGCAUCGCUGGAGUCUAUAGUCAAUGAUAAAGUAGGAGUUAUUUCAUUGGACAAAUCCAUUACCGCUAAAAGUGAUCUAAUGAUAUAUCCCAGAAUAUCUAUUAAUCCAUCAGAGGUUAUGUUACCAUGGGAUUCAGUUAUACGACCAAGCUACGAGGUAACCUUAACUGCCACCGGAGGUGAUGGAAGAUUUAUGUGGACAAGUACCAAUAAUUCCAUUGGUAUGGUUAGUCAAUAUGGUCUAGUAAGAACUCUAUCAAAUGGUGUUUUUGAAGUAGCUGCUAUUAUGUUACGCAAUCACUACAAUAGGGCUGCCACAAAAAUUUUUAUCUUGCCUCCAUCUCGUCUUGAAAUUAUAGAAUUUUUAAUGGAGACUGAAAUUGGUUCUUCAAUUCACUUGUACAUAGCACUUUACGCUGAGCAAGAAAAGAAUGGCCAGCUGAUAAAUGUACCUUUUACACAAUGUCAAGAUCUACCAUUCCAAGUUAGACUCUCUGAUUCAAAAUUUCAACUUAACAGAACAGAAUCACUGUCAACAAUAGGAGUUUCCUGUGGUAGCAUAGUAUUAGAUGCUUUGGAAAUAGGCACAAGUAAGGUAACGGUAACAUAUUUCCAUAACGGCAGAGCACUAGAAGAUUCCGUAUCUGUAACUGCGUUUAAAGCUUUAACAAUUUUUGAACCAAAAGCUGAUAUUGUCUUGGCAGUAGGUACAAGUACAAAUAUUAUAUACACGGGAGGUCCUCGGCCUGGUUUAAAACAUUCAAAUGCAUUUCAACCUCUUGUGGUUAGUGAUGAUGAAACUAUUGCUACAGUUGAAGAUAUUACAACGUCUCACACAAUUGGAAUGGAAUAUACGGUUGUACAAGUAGUAUGUUUAAAAAUUGGAAAAACCCAUGCCAAAAUGCAGAUACAAAACAUACAGAAAACUUCAAGUUCACAACGUCAGACACAUGUCGUACAAACAAGAAUUUCUUGUGCUACCCCAAGAGAAAUUAUUCUACAGCCCGAGAUAAAAGUAGCUGACACAAAUAUUUGUCCUUUAGAUUUAGAAUCAAGCUACGUCAUUGUACAUAGCAACACAAGUAUUACUCUUGAUGUUUCAGUAUAUGACGAGUCAGGUCUUAAGUUUUUAAAUAUCACCAGCUUGUCUCUUGUUUGGAACAUAGACCCUUAUGGAAGCGCCAAAAUUAAACACCCUGAUGGACUUUUUGAAAAUAAUUUAGAAUUUAGUGGUGUUCCAAUCGCAUUUAGAAUGUAUCAAAUUCUUGAGACAACGGUGGAGAAAGGUACCAUGGGUGUUAACGUGUCUAUCUCAGGUUACAAUAAAGCAAAGUCUAAUAUUCCAGCAGAAUAUCCCCCAUUUAUAACCCUAGAAGAUAAACACUUCCCAACAUACUCCCUGCGACUCUACUUAGUACAGGAUGCUGUCAUUUCACCAAAUUAUAUAAAUAUUUUUAACCAUCCUGGAAACAAAGUGACCGUGUCUGUUGAGCAAGGUUCCGGUUUUUUCGAAAUGGCUAUGAAUACUAAUGAUAUAGUUACUGCUCAUUAUUCUGAAACUGAUAGAACUAUAGAAAUUACACCUAUUAGAUCAGGUGAGGUAACAGUGCAAGUCAUAGAUUUAUGUUUGGUGUCCAGGCCGACCUAUUUGGCAGUAAACGUAAUAUCUGUAGGAAUAAUAAGAAUUGAAAUGAUUGAUAAGGUAGAGAUACGAAAGUGUAUCAACACAAUUGUUCGACUGUAUGACGAAAACGAUAAUUUAAUGGACCUUUCAGAUAAUAACAUAGUUAACUUGAGACCUCAUCUAAAGGACAACAUUGUGAACAUUUAUUUAUCAGACAAACAUUCAGACCAACCCUGGGGCUUUGGUGAAACUCAUUAUACGAUUACAGGUGUUGAAGUAGGUGACACAAAGUUAAUGUUUUUAGCAAAAGGUAACGAAGAUAUAUAUAGUGCACCAGUAAAUCUACAAGUCUUUGAACCUCUUGCAUUAACACCUAAAAAUGGAUCAAUUAUUAUUAACUCAAAUGUACAAAUUGUUUCCAAAGGAGGACCAUCAUCAGAUGUAAAAUUAGUUUUUGAAACAACCUCAAAAAAUUUAAAAGUUUCCGAACAGGGUGUUAUCACCGGGAAGUAUCUUGGACCAGCUGUGGUAAUUGGAAGAGCUGUUGGGAUACACCCUUUCACAGGACAAAGCAUUGUUUAUGCAGAAGAUCAUGUAGAUAUACAAGUUGUCAAAUUAACUGGUGUAAAAAUAAUGGCUCCACUCACUAGAUUUAAACUUGGAGUCAUGGUACCCUUUUGGGCGUGGGGUAUUCCAAAUAUCUCACCGAUGAUAUUAGGAUCAUUCCACGAUCCACCAAUAAUGUUUAAAUGGGACGUAGAUGAUAAAUUAAUGUUGGACUUAAGUGGUAUCUUUCAUCCUAUUGGAGUUUUCAAGAAAAAACUACACAGAAUAGCAAUCAAAGUCCAAGGAAUUCAAGUAGGAAAAACAAAAUUAUUUGUUCAUGCUAACGUACCUGGUACCACUUGUAAUGUUAAAAACUUGGACUCUGUCACAUUAUCGGCUUGGAUUGAAGUAGAAGUAAUACCAGAAUUUAUACUGACAACACCAAAAAGUUUUCCAGGCAAUCCAUUACUAAUAGCUCCAUUUUCUGAGCUACAACUGAACACUAAUUUACACGAAAUAGUAGACACUGAAAUUUCUUAUGUAUUACUGGAAGAUCGUUUAUUAUCGACAGAAUCUGAAUUGGAUUAUUUCUCAAAUACAAAUGUAACCCUUGUUUCAAUUUCAAGAACAGGCCUUCUAAAGUCCUAUGGAAUCCUAGGUCAAACUUGGUUAGUUGUAACAGGUACUGAUAAAUUGGGUCUUAAACAACGACUGUCUAUAGUUGUUGAAGUUAAAGCCAUUCACUAUAUGAAUCUUGUUGUAAACGCAAAUUGGCGCAUUCAUUCAGAUAGUCCACUUCGAACAGUACCGCUAGGAACUGAAUUUGUAUUAAGAGCUACUUUUCACGAUGAUAUGGGCAAUACAUUUAAUGCUGGGCCGAAAGAUCUACACUUAAGAACCAGUCGCUGCGAUUUACUUAAGAUUGAAAAGAUUAAUGGAGAUGCUGCUGUAAUUAUUCAAACCAAACAAGCCGGAUCUACUGUUAUAAAAGGUUGGGCAGAGGGCAUUCAACAAACCGCAGAUUAUUUAAAAGUACAAGCAGAACAAUCAGUACGACCAAUCUUCGACAGUCUAACUAGUGGAGAUAUCAUCUGCUUAUGGACCCCAGUAGUCAACGAAUACAAUAUGCCUGGUACUUGGAAAAGUAAUGAUGAUUCUUUGAUGCACAUCAAUCCAGCUUUAGAUAUUGGCUUUGUCGGUAAAAAAGAAGGAGUUGUUGUUUUGACACAUUCUUUACUAAAAGGAGCCCCUAUUUACAUUCAGAUAUAUACCGUCAGUGAAAUUGAGUUUCUAGAAUCUCCCCGUACAAUUUUAACUAAUGCGGAACUUGACACUGUUAUAAGGAUUCCGUUAGUACUUCAAAAUCCAAAUACUGUGGGUAUUAAAACAAAUAAUUUAAUUCAAGGUUGGAGAUGUAGAACAGAUGUUCGAAAAUUAGUAAGACCAACAGGCUUUAAAUGUUUUAUUGAGUUUUCUAAUUCAAGCUUGCCAAUUCAGAUAAAUGACUUGUUCAAUGUAACCACCAGUUGGGUUCCCGAUACUGGCCAGUAUGCAUGCAAAAUAAUUAAUCUUGGUGUUAGUGGGCCUGAUAUAUCCAUGCUCAAAACUGAUGUUAUUAUGUGGGCUACAACUGAAGACAGCGAUAAGUCGUCUAAAAAAAUCAAGAUAAGAUUUUUACCUGGAGUAUAUUUACCACAUGAAAUAAUACUAGAUGGUAGUCUAGUAGGUAAAUUUUUAAUAAUUGGAUUACCAGAAGUUUUAGAGCAAGUAGAGGUUCAUGCAGCUGAUGAAAGUAUUUUAUACAUUGCUCCUACUAGUGCAGUCAACUCAUCAGUCUUAGAAUACAAAGUAAAUUUAAUUGAUUACCACUGGAGAUUGGAAAAUCUUGAAGAAGCGAUGGGAAUAUUUAUCAUUUCUCCAAUAACUAAACAAGAAAUAAAAGUUCUUGUAAAAGUGGCCGGAGAUUUGCAGCAUAACUUAUGCAUGUCUGGAAGAUCGCGUAUGUGGUCAUUCUUACAAACCUAUAAAUAUGCUCUAUGUAUGACCACAUUGCUGAUAUUGAUUUUCUAUUUAACGUUUUACUUCUACUCCACUUAUAUGCAACCGAUUGUCAACGUAAACGUUCCUACCAGUACUAUGCUAACGAGCAACCUUCAAGCAUCUACGCAGGUGUCCUGCAGAAUACCAAGUCCCUGCGCUGCUCUUCGAGCACAAUUGGAAUCUCGUCAAUGUGCGGCUCAUCAGCUUGCAAUCACUAGAAGAACACCUAUAGAUCAAGUUAGAUAUUCUCCGAGAUAUGGAAAUAACGCUCUCACGUCAUCAACCUGUCAUAAUACAAACUGUCCAGGCAGAUGGAUAUGAAAAUUAGAGUGGAUUAAAUCAUUAUAAAUCUUGUUAAAUUUGUGUUAAUUAAUAAUUAUAUAGUUUGUUAUAAAAAUCACAUAUUUAAUGUU